AUGUCGCCGCAGCACCAGCAUGCCGGGCGGCCGCGGAGGCGGGAGGACAACGACGGGACCAGCCGGCGGAGGAGGAUGACGCGGAACCAGUCGAUGGUGGACAUGCGGAGCCAGCUGCUGCACCGCACGCUGGUGGAGGAGCUCAACCGCCGCCUCUUCUUCAACACCGUCGGCGCCGUCGAGAACAUCGGCUUCCGCGCGCCCACCACCACCUCGCCCUCCGCCUCGUCAUCGUCCGCGUCCGCGGCCGCGCGUGGUGGCCUUGACCGCGGCAUCAGGAGAUCAUCAGGCGGCAAGCAGCAGCUGGACGAUAAGCAGCAGUACUUCAUCCUUUAG